AUGUUCCUUGCCGAGAAACAGGAAGUUGAGACCAUCGAGGAAGCCAGUAGGCCGCUUUCUCCCGAAAGCAUCGGCGGAACCAAAGAUGCAUCCGCUGGACCCGAUAUUAGUGUUGAACUUGGAGGGCAGCGGCAGUUGGAGGAGGAGGAGCUGAAGGCGCUGGAGAAGAGGCUCGUGCGCAAGCUCGAUGCGCGCAUGGCGAUACUUGUUUUGAUUAAUAUCUUGAACUACGUGCGUAGGUCUCGUCAGCAUUGCUCAGCACGCCUGCAAGGGUUCGAGCAGGACCUACAUCUCGAAGGGCAGCAGUACUCCGUGGUGCUGUCGAUUUUGUUCGUUGGGUAUAUCAUUAUGCAGAUUCCAUGCAAUAUGUUCAUCGAGUGGGUUGAACGGCCGUCCGUCUUCCUGUCGUUGUGCACGGUACUAUGGGGCGUAAUCUCAGCUCUGACGGGUAAAUCCGAAUUUUACUUCUCGGACAGCUUCGCAGGCGCGCUUGCCGUGCGCUUCUUCCUCGGAUUCGUCGAGGCCGCAUUCUACCCCGGCGCGCUGUUCCUCCUCUCGCGGUGGUACACGCCCUCGGAGCUCGGCGCGCGCAUCGCCAUGCUCUGCUGCGGGAGCUUCGUCGGCAACGGAUGGGGCGCACUCCUCGCGAGCGGUAUCCUUGCGCGAAUGGGCGGGGUGCUCGGACAUGCGGCUUGGAGGUGGCUGUUUUUUCUCGAAGGGGGCAUCACAGUUCUGGUUGCGCUCUGUGCGUGCGUGCUCCUCCCCGACUUCCCACAGAACACGCGCUGGCUCUCCCAUGCCGAGCGCGCGCUCGCCAUCGAGCGCAUGGAGCGCGCAGGGGUCUCGGAUCGCAACGACUCCGAGCGCUCGGAAAAGCGCGCUCCGGCGGGCUCAGAGCAGCACCGCAGCGCACGUGCCAGUGAACGGGCCCGUGAAGUGCUACACGGCCUGCGUCUUGCACUGAGCGAUUGGACGGCGUGGUGGUUCGCAGUCGCUGCCUUCUUCCAGUUCCUCGCGCAGUCGUUCUUCAUCUUCUUCCCCACGCUAGCAGCCACGCUCGGAUUCGGGACGACGGCGACGCUGGCGCUGUGUGCGCCGCCGUGGAUGUUUGCAAGCGGGCUCGCGAUUGUGCUUGCGCUACACUCGGACAGAACGAAGCGUCGUUUCGAGUACAUCGUCUGUUCUGAGCUAGCAGGCAUCGUGGGGUUCAUCAUCGCCAUGAGCACAAUGAACACUGCCGCACGAUACAUCUCCUUGUUCCUAAUGGCACAGGUGUACGCUGGCUUUGUCGUCUUCUACACCUGGACGAGUAAUGCAUUCCCGAGCCCGCCUGCCAAGCGUGCCAUUGUGCUGGCGCUCAUGAACGGCGUCUCGCAGCUCGGGAACGUCGUAGGCCCGUACUUUUGGCCUACCUCAUGGGGACCCUCUUAUAGACAUUCGUAUGCCAUAUGCAUCUCUGCCGCAGGCGUGUCCUUGGUGAUGAUGUGGGUCCUGAGAAUGCACUUUGUCAGGGUGAAUCGAAAAAUCAGGAGGGGGGAAAUAGACGGGCCCGAACUCAUUACAUGA